UUCUCUCAUACUGUCUAAAAUAUCUGACCGUGACUGGGAAUCAUAUUAAUGGUUCAUUCAUAUUGGACAGGAAUAUGUCUUCGCCUUGCAGAUGGAGCUAUUUCGGGAUAUAUCUAGGGCUUUUUCUACUGGAUUGUUACUGGGAAACGGUGUCUGGGCAGCUCUCCUAUUCCGUCUCAGAGGAGGUAAACCCUGGGACUCCUGUUGGAAAUAUCGCUAAGGACCUAAACCUUAAUUCACAGGAAUUGGAGCUCCGUAUGUUUCAAAUUGUUACUGGAUCAAAGAGAAAAUUCUUCGAGGUAAAUCUAAAGACUGGUGUUCUGUAUGUCAGUGAGAGGAUAGACAGAGAGGAGCUUUGCGCAGAGGAACUUAAAUGCUCAGUAAGUGUAGAAGCGGUGAUAAAUAACCCUUUGAAGCUUUAUCGCAUUGAUGUAGACAUUUUAGAUGUAAAUGACAAUGCCCCAUUGUUUACUACCAAAUUGCAACAUUUGUAUAUAGCAGAGAGCACUUUACCAGGAGUGAAAUUUGCAUUAUCUGAAGCAACUGAUGCAGAUGUGGGGAAAAAUGGAGUGAGUACUUACAAAUUAAGCCAAAAUGAACAUUUCUCUUUGGCAGUGCACAAAGCAGGUGACAGUGUGUCUGCUGAGUUAGUGUUGCAGAAGGCUUUGGACCGAGAAAAGCAGCCUGUGAUCACCAUGACACUGACGGCUGUAGAUGGAGGGAGUCCUCCGAAAUCAGGCACCUCACAGCUUGUUAUUAAUGUUUUAGACAAUAAUGAUAACCUUCCGAUAUUCAGCGAAACGUUAUACAAGACAAAAAUUACCGAAAACACGCCACUGGGCACAACAGUAAUCGCCGUGAACGCCACCGAUGCAGAUGAGGGCCUGAACAGUGAGAUUGUGUAUUCACUGAGAAGUAAAGAUCAAGAUCGCGUACUUGAUAUAUUUGAAAUUGAAAGUCAAACGGGUGUCAUUAAGGUAAAAGGCAAUAUAGACUUUGAAGACAAAAAAGCUUUUGAGAUACGUGUAGAGGCCAGUGAUAAAGGGCAGCCUCCGAUGUCCGCUCAUUGUAAGGUGCUGGUCGAAGUGGUGGACAUAAAUGACAAUGCUCCUGAGAUCACUGUGACAUCGCUACACACCACAGUGAAAGAGGAUGCUGAUGUAGGCACCGUCGUUGCUCUGGUGUCAGUGCUCGAUAAGGAUGGUGGGAAGAACGGCGAUGUGAAAAUUCAAAUUAAAAAUGAGGUUCCACUCAAACUCGAAACGAACUACAAAAAUUAUUAUUCUUUGUUAGUUGAUGGACCCCUGGACAGAGAGAGCGUCUCUAGCUACAAUGUCACUAUAGUCGCCACUGAUAGAGGAACCCCGUCACUCUCCAGCACGAGUGUACUUUCUAUACAAGUUUCUGAUGUCAAUGAUAACGCACCUCUGUUCCCCGAGCCCAUAAUUAAUGUAUAUGUGAAUGAGAACAGUCCAGUGGGAGCAAUUAUUAAAACAGUGUCAGCAACUGAUGCUGACGUUGACCAGAACAGCAAGGUGAGCUACUCAUUUUUACAAAGUAAUAGUAACUCGUUACCGUUAUCUACAAUGAUAAACAUUAACUCAGAGACGGGUUUCCUCCAUCUACUGCAGUCAGUGUGAGUUUUAUAACAGAGUCCUGCUCGCGGUCUAAAGAUUUUUUCAGUACUAACUCGGCUGACACGCUAUCUCCCCCUUUGUGAAUUUCCAAAGAAAAAUAAUCAUUAUUACUAAGCUUAUAUGU